GGUCCAUUGCCAGCUACGUAGUGACCAGAGCUGAGACACAGAAAUGCUCCGACUUCUGGAUUUACCUGGAGACAGGCAAGUCUCCGCAGGAGCUCGCCGUGGCUGGGGGGGGGUCUCAGCCCACAGAAAAUCUGCCCAGCCCAGAGGACAGAGAGGACGUGGCACCGCCGGUAAGGAGGAACAAGUACGGGGACGUUGUGGAGUAG